UGUUAUAUUUCCCUUUGGUUUCAAACUGUGGCGACAUCUGGCGCAUGAGGCCAAAAUUCCAAGUUCAUUCUCGAGGACGAGGCAUAGCAUAUAAUCGACAUCUGCCGAGGUGUUCUUGUGUGAUACGGGUGCUUGGUUUCUUCCACAACCACCAAUUGCAUAUGAAUACAAUCCAGGUUCUGCUAUUACUGUGGCUCAAAGUCAAGCAACAAGCAACACAGGAAAUUUAACAAAUUCCUGUACUGUAUCUGCUGCGAGUCAUAAGAAUUCGUGCAGAACAGCCCCUUACAGUUUACGCCACAAAUAUAUUCAAGAAGAGCAACAUGUGGAUCCGUAUAGUCCAAUGCCACUACUUCACUCAGCAGCGUACGUAGCAGCCACGGGAUGGCCAACCCGUAGUCCUGAAUCAUUGACUUCACUAAAUACAGGAGGGUGUGGUGCCACUAGUCUGACAAGCCUCAAUCAGGAAUGGCCGUCAUCGCCGCCAUCGGCAUCAUCAACAUCACCCGCAUCCGGAUUUGUAUCAUCAUAUGCACAUUCGUCGUUAAGCUCAAAUAAUACGACAACAACAGCAAGUAACACUAUCUCGUCACCGUGCACGCUGUAUGUACCAUCGAUACCUUCCGGAAAUAACCAUGAGAAUCACGGUCAUUGCGACUCUUCCGGUUGGUUACAUUCAGCAGAGCCGUUGCAACAGCCAUAUCUGAACCUCAAUCUGCAUUUGCAUCAUCAAAUUUCAUCGUACCAGUCAUUAAAUGAAUCAGUAGCACCAAUUGCAUCAAACGGAUCAAAUACGCCGCAUCACGAGUAUGCUUCUGAUUAUCAUAAUUCUGGUCAACCUUUGGUGACGUCAAAUCAUCAUCAUUCAGAAUUACUGCAACUGCAGUCGCCACAAACUGAAACCGCAAAUACCUCGGCAAAUGAGUAUCAGGAGGCUACUAAGGAACAUCAUGAAAUCUCUUAUCAAAGUCAAAAUAAUCUUGAGGAGUCUGUUGAUGUUUCUGGUGAUGCCGAAAGAAGAUUCACCGAGUCGGUGAUAAAUCAUCGACGAGGUCAUUCGCAUCAUUUUCGUCGGCAGGAUCCUACUUCUCCGGAUCAUCAAACAAGCUGGACAUCUCUGACGCCACCUCCUGCUCCACAGACUACAGCUACCUGACGUCUCUGAUGUAGUCAAACAUUUAAUCAUGAUCAAACAGUAAAUAGUUUAUACAGAGGAGUCGUUGUUGUAAUGGAUUUUAGAGUUCCACUAUGAAUUGACAGACGAUAUUAACACAUUAAAGGCGGGAGUCGUAGUACUACGAUUUAUCUCGAGUGUAGCUUAAAUGCGGGAGUCGUAUUAGUACCUAGCAUACUUUCGUCAAGAUCCCCCGCCUUUAAUGUGUUAAGAACGGCAACCUUACCUAUUAGUAAUCUUAUGCCAUUCCAGAAUAGAAAAACUAUAGCGAAAAAAUACAUAAGUAAUGCAAGAAUUAAUAAAAUCGUUAUUUAAUUUCAAACAGUUGAAGAUUGGAAUAAAGUAUUUUAAUAAAAUAAAAAUGUUGAUUUAGAAAUGUUGGCUUAUACUAUGAAGUUUUUGAUAUAUAGUGCACUGUACAUUAUAUGUAUAAUUUUGUGUAGUUUUUAAAUUAUCGUUAUAUCAUAACUGUAAUAGAAUCUUACAAAAAAAUAAUUUUAAAAUGGUUGAAAUUUGUAGCUAUUGCUUCAAAAACGCUGAGUAACCCAAUUCCACAACUUUCGAUACGGACAUAUUGUUUUCAUAUUGUAAUAUGGUGAAGCUGCAGAAAGAAUACAUACUCCUUAAGGAAAACAUGUAUAUUCUACCAUAGGUUAUAGCCAUGCGUUUUCAUAUAAUGCUGCUCUCUAGUGUUACUUCUUUUAUAAUAUAUCGAUAAUAUAUGUAUGAACAUAGGAGAGAAAAAUUGUAAACAAACAAUUCUUAUCUAAUCCCAAUAUGGAACACUAAUUAAAAAUUAUUGGUAUUAUUUCCAUUUCCAUUUAUUCAAUGGAAAUACAAAUAAAAUACACG